AUGACGAUUAUCGCGCACGCAGGGGUGGAAGAUGAGGUUGGGCACGCCGACGUAAUGUGGGUUGAUGCCGGCUGCCACGGCAUAUUUUCGUGUGGUGCCAACGCGACCCGGACUGUUUGUGGCCGUCCUACGCUAGGGACGACGAAGAUCGCCUGUUCGUGCGACCCCAACUACCGAUCCAACUAUGCAACACGAUGUAUGCCGCGAAAUGAUGCAUUCCCUGCUUCGGCGUGCCCAUGUUCCGAGUCGGGGUGCUUCCAGCGACCGGCGGCCGACUGGGCUCCGCUCCAGUGCCGAGCGUCGUCGCUCUGCGGGCGAACCUUGGAUUCAGCGAUUAUCGAGAGGCCCGCCAACGCGGACAGCGGUCGCGUGACAAUCCUGACAGUGCUCAGCUACACGCCGAACCCAGACAUGCCCGGCGAUUUUAGGCGCUACCUGCACCAGUUCCGCUUUAGUGCCAGAGGCGCGCCCAGGCCGCGAAACGGGGCCAUGCCAGACGAGUCGCCUGCGGCCGGGACGCCAGCCGAGACGGGUGCCGCACCGCGGUACAAGCCGGCGCGGCGGGCGCUGGGAGCCUAUUCACAGAGGGCUAACGGGUAUUUUUUCGCUUCGCUGCGCGGCCUGGGAAUAGGAGCGGGAACCCAGGAGAGUGACUCGUCCUCUUCCCAGCUCCGCUGUGACUGGCUGGCGUUGUUAUCCUGCCUCGCGACUUGGUCGCUCCGAGGCGCGCGGCUGAUGGGCUUCACUGAACAGUUCGACGUGCUUCUCCUCACACGCAAGCGCGGCCGUGUCGUCCGACUCUUCCUCGCUGCGCUUCUCGCUCUUCUCGUCCUGGAUGUCGUGGGCACGCUGUUGCUACGGCUGGCGCCGUCCAUCAUCAUCAGGAGCAAGUCGCCGCCAGCCUGGUCGUGGGCUCAGCUUGGUGACUUUCGUGACGAUACACUCGAUCUCUUCCUCCUGCUCAUCCUCCGUACGCUGCUGGUCGCCACUCUCGGCGUUGCCGCCGUUCGGUGCGGCACGCCAAACUUGACGGCGGCGCCAGCCGAGGUCGAUGGCUUGGCGCCCCUCUUGCUGAACGGAAGCGGCGGCGGCAGCGUCUGCGAGGUGGUGCCACCCGAGAGCGGCGGCAACGGCGCUGCGCAGCCGACCCACGCGGUCAAGGCGGAGCACCUCCGCUCGCACGCGCUCAAAGAGGCGGCGGAGGUGCGGAAGGGCCUUUUGGUGGCGGCCAUCUUCGGCGUCUCGACGGCGGCGCAGGUGUACGUCGGAGUCAAGUGCAUCUCCUUCCGCGGGGAGUGGGAGAGGGACGCGCACGUGCUCACUGCGCAAGGCGUGCUCUUUGGCGUGGCGGUGCUGCUGAUCAACGUCGAGUCGUGGCUGCUCAAGCGGCUCGUGCACGCCCUGACGGCGGAGGUGGGCUUCUUCGUGCCCGAGUUCCACUCGCACCCGCUCUACUUCCACCCAAGCGUUCCGAACCACAAGUGCGACCUCUGCCGCAACAAGACGGGCCAGGUCUACCGCUGCCCGCUCUGCGACUGGGACGCUUGCCCCGCCUGCUUCAACAAGAAGGACCGCUCGACGGGGGAGGGCGUGCUGCGCGGCGACAAGGGCGUCAAGUCGGGCGGCGCUCUCACCACCUCGCAGUACUUUCGGCGCGGCCUCAAGCUCGCCCUGCCGCAGCUGCCGCUCUUCGGCGUCGCCCUCCUCUGCGUCGUGACAACCUCUGCGCUCCGCCUCUUCCUGCCCAACUUCCAGGGGCAGAUCUUCGACCACGUCAUCGCCGGCUCGCAGGCGUGCAUGCCCGGCACGCCGGGCGCGCACGAGGGCAAGAUCAUCGUCUCGGUGCGCGAGACGCUCUUCCGGCAGCUCAUCAAGCAAGACAUCGCCUUCUUCGACGGGAUGCGAACCGGAGACCUCACGCAGCGGCUUGGCUCCGACGUGCGCGCCAUGGCCUCCCCGGUGACGGUCACGCUAUCGAUGCUCAUCUCCAACACGCUGCUCCUCGUCGGCGGUGGGCUUACGCACCACGUAUUACGCAUACGUCACACGCACCCCCAGAUGCGCGUCUACUUCGAGAACGGCCAGCUCCGCCCCUUCAGCGCCGUCGUCGAGACGCCCCGCGGCCCCAACACGAUCGCCAUCCGCAACAUCGGCCAGAUCGAGUUCCCCCUCGCCGCCAACGUGGUCGCCGAGAAUGUGGACGUCCCGUCGGCCGAAUCGCCCGACACGCGCAUGACCAUCCAGGGCGGCGCCCUCCGCACCUAUCCCUUCGACCCCUCGGUCGACAGCGUCCAG